ACUUCGUAGCGUUCGUAGCAUACGAGCGUUAUUUUUUGCCUUCUCACAUCGAUCUUCUCCCAUUUUUACCAAAGUGAAAACGGCAGCAACAGAACGAUUGUAAAAUUUCCAUAUUUUUGUAGCGAGUUUGGAAUAGUUUUUACUAAUUUUGUGCCUGAAUGGUUAAGUAAUAGCCAUAUUGUACUUGUGAAAGUGCUAGGUGCGUGUAAUAUCACAAUUAGAACCACUAAAAGCCAGAAAAAAAAAACUGAUAAUCGACGAGCCGAAAACUUACCAACGUGCACGCAUAACAUCAAAAAUGUCUCAUCCGCCACCAUACGACUUGCAGCAGCCGCUGCUUGCACCAUCAUCGUCCGGCACCAUGGCGAUGAUGACUCAUCAUCAGUACCACCCUCCUCAGCAAGUGCAACCGCAACAGCAGCUGCCGCCAAGAGGAGAAGUGGAGUACUUUUACGUUUACGUGGCCGAAUCGGAGCUGUCGAACGUUGGCAACUGGAUCUUGUUGGAACCGGACAAAACGCUGAGCCUGAAGAAUUUGCGCGACUAUUAUUCGACUUGUUUUGGCAUCAAGCACAAGAUAGUGAAUGCAAAGAACGAGAUAGAGGUGCGCUACAUCCGUUACCACAAUGGUUACUUUCGGUUCCCGCCGGGAUUGGAUCUGAACAAUACGCGAUUUGUGGCGUAUUAUUAUACCGAUGUGGAGGAUACUAAAGCUUUCAUGGAAAUGGCCGAAGCGAAUGACCAAAAUCAGGCAAGAGUGCCUGUGACGACAUUCGCAGCUCCUCAGCCUCCGCCGGAUGUCAAUAAUGAUUCCACGUUGACGGGACGACCGAACGCAAGCGCCUUUGAUAUGGACAGCAUCCUGCGAAGUGGGGCUCAGAGUACUCCCGUCAAAGGGAGUAGCAACAGACAGAUGCCCGCGGCGGAAAAUGUCUCAUCCACUUCGGAUGUCAUCCUGAACGAACCCACUGUGGAGGUUAUUACGGUUCAGGACUCGCAGGACACUUUCCGCCGCUCACUUCCACUUCCUCCUACAGGACCCCCGAAACCAGUUGUAAACGAAAACCCCAGUAAACCUACCGAACAAAAGCCGUCCGGAAUUCGGGCCAAACUGGGUCCGAGCGUUUCGUCCACGUCGGAAGAGAAGCAAACCAGAACGGAACGUCCCAGGCACGAGAGAAUCACCAUCAACGAUUCCAGUGGCUUCCGACGGGACCGUAGUUCCGUCAUGGUCCGGGUGAACACCGCUCCCAAAUCGAAAAACAUGCUCGACCGUUACCAGCAGUCUCGACCUGCUCCGGAAGAUGUGGCCAUGAAAACCCCUCUGAAGGUAACCCUUAAACAGCGUGGUCGUCAGGUACAACCCAAUAAAAAGAUUCUCAAAAUUGAAGAUUCAAAAGGCCGUACUACCGCUCUUCUCACCAAGAAAAAAUGGUCUGUCAAACCGGAAGUCCCCCACCAAAAACGUCGCUCAGAUCCGGACGAUGAACCGGACUACCAGCGACAGUACCAAAAACGGCGCCGUUACGAUAACCAAUAUCAGAACCAUCAGCAAAUCGAUAAAAAGCCCUUCUCUUCUCAAGAUCAUCGCAUCCUAAAUGUACUUCUGGUGGGCUUCCACGAACUAGCCCCGGUUGUCCAUGAAACGACUAACUACUUCUCCGAAUUCGGCACCGUCACAAACUUCCAGCUCUACACCCAAGAAAACCGCUACAAUGUUCCAGAGUACUAUGCCUACAUGGAGAUCCGCGCGGCAGAUCCAGUGUCCCUAUUCUCCGAUCGGCACAUCUACAACGGGACCAUCAUCUACGCCAUCCGGGUGGACGGUGCUCGCCUUCCGCCACGCCUCAGCUGCCGAGUGUGCGGCUACUACGGGCUAAAUUUGGCCUAUCUGGCGUACCACGUCGAAGGUCAGUUCCACCAGCAGACACUGACGAAACGGUUGCAGUCGCAGGCGGACACCCACGGGCAACACGUCUACCUGGACAGCUACUACCGAAUAACGUACGAUGAGCUGUACGUCCAGUAUCCGACCAAUCCCGUGCAGGAAAUGGUUCGAAACGACUACUGGAAACGAAGCCACCAACCGGCAACAUAUUCCAACGAUGGCGCAGGAUCGGGUAAGCGUUAUUACACCACUUCCGAUAAGGAACGCUAUUAUUGAGGUGUACAAAGUUGUUGCCCGACUAUCUACAUGAGUUGACCUCAUCUCCAAAAUUGCAAAGUCUGAUAAGAAGAUAACGGAAAAAAUCCCUUUUACUUCGUCGAUACCGAUCGUUCUGGUUCUGAAGAAAACUCUGUUGUGAAAAUGCCCCUUCGAAUGGCAUAAAAGCGAUCAUAUUCAAGGCUGGAAGAAGAAUAAUGCUAAAGCGCUUAAACGAAGAACUGUCACCGAAGAAGAACCGUACCAUUGCUAUUAGCCAAAAUAGAUUCAAGCUACUAGUAUCUUGAACGCACUAAAAUCGAAUUUAGUGUGAAACGAUGUGCAGAGCGCAUUCGAAUUUUUUAACGAUUUAUUCUUAGUUUUAAAACACUUCAAAUAGCUCAAAAAGAAACGAUUCAUAUUCAUAUCGAAACGAACAUCAAACAACUCAUCAAGAAGAUCAUACGUUUUACUCGUCGAAUAGUAAAUACUGUAACUAUUAUCGCUUUCUGUGAAUUAUUGAAAAUAAAAGCGUUAGUUAAGUUUAA